AUGCAUAUAGUAUCUGCACGAGAAGAGAAAUUGACACGCAAAGAGGAGAUUAUAAAAGAACGGGACUCGAAAAAACAAAUCAUACUGGCAGAGGAAGACGCCAUGACUCAAUCCCAGCAGUCACGCGGCGAUGAGGAGGAUGAGGAUAUGCAUGAAACAGCGUCAGAAGGGACCAAAGUUGAAGAAUCUACCAGACACAAUUCACCGACAUCAACACCACCACCACAAACAGCAACAUACUCUUUUAACUCAAUACCGAAUUCACCUUCAGCUGCGGACAUAUUGCGACCAUUGUCUACAGUUGCAGCGCAGAGGUCGUUCCCUUUACCGACUAGUGGGACACUUGCAUUGCUAGCGAGAGGACACCAUGCAGAUGGGAGGCGAAUUAGUCAGGACUUUGAUGAAUCUACAAGUCAUACUACUAGUAGCGGUGGUCUUGGUAGUAGUAGCUUGACGCACGACCGGCUGCUCCAAUCGGAUUCCGCUAUGGACGCCACAACCACAGCGACUGAUCGUGAUGAUGUUCGUGUUAGCAGUGCUGAAGCUGCAGCUGCAGCAGUGCGAGGUUUUACGGCGCUGGUUUGGGAAUCUCCUUCAAGGAGGAUGGAAACUCCUACGACAACAGAAUCAAAGCCGAUUCGGAGUGUUUCGGCGUAUUCAUCUUCUUCACCAUUAUCUUCACCUACGCCUUCACUGGCAGAAGGGUCUUCUGAUCCUGUUGAAGAGGAAGAAGAAGACGGCGAUAUUCGACAUCACAUUUUCCAAUCUCCAUUCGCAUCGAUAUUUCCUGAGGGAACGAAUACUAUAACUCCAUUAAUCAUUCGAAGAUAUGACGACAUCAACAACAACGACAACAGCAACAAUACUAUUGACGACGCAGCGGAUGCAGAUCACCGGACAAUAUUCAAGUAUAAAGGCCCGAAGAUGGAGGAAAGACGUGGAAGAGGCGUGUGUUUGAGUAUCGAUGAAGUGUACCCUAAAAUGCAAUGCAAUGCAUCUUUCCGAAGGGGUACCUGGCUGGCGUUGGAUCCAAGGGUCGGCGUAACCAGUCCGCUGAUUAAGUAA